GGAGGAGGAGGAGGAGGAGGAGGUCAGGGAGGAGAAGGAGCAGGUGCCGUGUGGAGUCAGGUGGGAGCUCCAAUGAAAAAGAGCUGAAACUAAAGAGCUGUGUGUGUCUGUGCUGCUGGCACCUGGAUAGAGAGCUUCACCACGUUAGCAUCGGAGAAACAACAACCAGGGUCUCAUCUUCACUCUGAUCUUAUAGUCAGGUUUUUAAGAGUCGGCCAUUCAUUGACGAAGGGACGCUAACGCCAGAACUUGAGAUCUUUGCAGCUCGAUAAUCAUUUAGUAAAUGAUCAUCUUGUUUACAGUCAAAUAGCCCUGGAUGAAUUUGGGCGUGGAGACUGUGUGAUUGACAGCUUGUAGGGUUUAAUGGGUGUAGGGAGCAGGUGUAGGUGUGUCCUCGGUCCCUCAGUCAGGCUCCACCCCUUCUCUUCUAUAUCUAUAUGAUGACUUCUAGCUGGGAAAAAAACAAACAAUCUGCCAAACUCAAGGCUUGAAGGUGAGCUGCAUCCGAGAGAAUUGGAGAGGAGAGUCAAAAUGGAUCUCGAUGAUAAAGAAGUUCUCUCCGGAGAGAUUGUGCCUGUGGUGAUAAUUGGUAAUGGUCCGUCAGGCAUCUGUCUGUCAUACCUGCUGUCGGGUUACACCCCCUACCUGUCGCCUGGGGCAUCGCACCCCAACCCCCUGCUGCACAGCAAGCUGGGAGAGCAGCCUCACCUGUCGCUGCUGGAGCAGGACCUGGAGUACCUGUGUGAGGGGUUGGAGGGCCGGUCGACCAAUCCCAUGGCCGUGCUCUUUGAUUCGCUGCUGCUGCCGGACAGCGACUUCGGCCUGGACUACACGUCUCCUCUGGAGUGGAGGUUCGAGCCCGAGCGGGCCAUCCCUCACCUGGUGCUGGGGAAGGGUCCACCUGGUGGAGCCUGGCAUGCGAUGGAGGGCUCCAUGCUAACUCUGAGCCUGGCUAACUGGAUGGAGCUUCCCGGACUCAAGCUGAAGGACUGGAUGAGAGAGAAGCGCAGAAACGUUCGUAACGACCGCGCCACCCCAGCAGAGAUCGCCUCCUACUAUCAACACUACGUUUCCCAGAUGUCCCUGGAGCAGAGCUUCGCCUGCGGGACCACCGUCAGCUCGGUGACCAGGCAGCUCAGCAGCCAGGAGGGGGCGCCGUCCUACUGGAGAGUGACGGGACUGCAGCGCCGCGAGGGGGAGGAGCUGGGAGACGGUUCCUCUGUUUCGGACGAGGUUCCUUUCUCGCUCUUGGCCCACAACGUGGUUCUGGCGACGGGGACCCACGACAUACCGGCCCGACUGGGGGUGGAGGGCGAGUCCCUGCCGUUUGUCUGCCACUCCUUCUGGGAGCUGGAGGCGGCCAUCUCGAGUGGCGAGCUGGACCAGACGUCGGACGCCGUGCUGGUGGUGGGGGCGGGUCUCACGGCGGCUGACGCUGUGCUGGCCACUCACCAUCUCAACACGCCCGUCUACCACGCCUUCAGGCGCUCGGUCACGGACCCGGGUCUCAUCUUCAACCAGCUGCCCAAAGUCCUCUACCCAGAAUACCACAAGGUUCACCAGAUGAUGACUCAGCAGCAGCACCAGCCGACUCCUCCCCCACAGGACCACGCCCAGAACACCGACUCCACCCCUUCCUCGCCCCCCUCCUCCUACUCGGGAUACCUGAGCUUCCCGUGUCACCGGGUCGUGGCGUUCAGACCCGACCGAAAGUGCAUCCUGGAGUCCGAGUCCGGCCAGCGGACAGUGGUCCAGGUCUCCAAGGCUCUGGUUCUUAUCGGCGCCCAUCCCAACCUCUCCUUUCUGGAAGACAACGGGCGUCAACUCGGCGUCAACACCAAAGAGCCGAUCACCUGCCGGAGGAACCCGAUCGAGGUGGACCCGUUCACGAGCAAGGUGGUCGCAGCCGAGGGGCCCGGCAUGUACGCCAUGGGGCCGCUGGUUGGAGAGAACUUUGUGAGGUUCCUGAAGGGAGGAGCGCUGGCUAUCGCUAGCGACCUCGCCAAGAGACACAAGGAGGUGGGGGAGGGUGGGGACUUGGCCACAGACACAUUGAUGGACAAAUGGCUGGACAGACAGACGACCACGCAGAUAGAGGCUAGGGCCUGUGCUGUGGACUCGUAGCAGGAUGCCAAGGGCCGAGCGGAGAAAUGGACCGAAGCAAACUAAAGACACAGGUCACAUCUUCCACUAAUCACAGAGUAGGGACAUCGAUAAGCUGCCAGACAAGAGACUCUGCAGCUGGACUCUGGCAUCCCCUCAGAUCUACUGUAGAUCUGGUUUGGCUAAAAGAAAAACCGCCAAACCUGAGGAAUCCUGAAGGUUAUAAUCACACAGAAGGCUGGAGCGGUGAAAGGGCAGCGAGACGGAGACACUGUAAUGAAGACGUGACGGAGGGGAGACACAUCACAUGUGGGAGGAUUUGGUUAUUUGGUUAUUAAUCAGGAUUUUGCCUUAAAAUGACUCUUAGACAUGUUUAAUCCUGUGUAAACAAACAGCCGAGAUUCUUCCUGGCUUCUGUUAUUUAUAUCUGUUCUGUGUUUUAAACACAUUUCUGCUCCUGAGGGUUAACAGCAAGUUAUUCUAAUGAGAAACUUCCUUAAAAUCAUGACUAAAUAUCUCACUGUUAGGAUUUAAAGCUUCCAUAGCCGUGGAUUACUCAUGGUUUAAAUCAUAGGCUGUUUAUACAGAUGGAUGACAUGACAGCUCUCAAACUAUAAACCCCAAACAUCUUGAUCACCCCCUAGUGGCUGGAUGCAGUGUAGGUCAUAAACUCACACCUCCUCCAGUGCAUAGUUAGUGUAAGUCUUGAUUGACAGCUGAGGCUGACUCGUGAUUGGUCGAGCACGCGUGUAAUCGUGGGUCUACACCACCAUCAAGCUGAGGCCCCCAAAUGACAUCAAAAGCGCAAUAUGGCGCCCCCUGUACCUGGGAUAUGUGAACUAUAUCUCUGGGAGGAUGCAGAGAGGUGUCGUCCAUCUUUAUUUACAGGUUGAUCCUGUGGCAGAGAAAAUGAGAGAUAGUAACAAGACGGAGGGGGGGAAUGGAAAUGGAGAGAAAAGGUAGAAGAGAAGAAGAAAAGAGAAAAGAAACCAAGUAGAAAUGAUCUUUUAACAUAUCAGCUUCUUAUCUCUGAAAUGUCCUUGAUCACUGCAGCUACUUCCAGGUCGAAGUUGAACCGUUCAGCCAAACUUCUUUUUUAUUUAACAAGUUUCAUCAUCAUCAGCUUGUGUCCUCACGAACCGACUAAUAAUGAAUUCCUGCGUCUUUAUAUCAUAGUUAUUAUGUGAAUGUUUGUAUAUUAUGGAUUUUCUGUGUAGUGAAUCUGAACUGUUCUAUUUUUCCAUGCGUCAUUUGAUCAUGUAACUCAGCCUGAAAUUCUACCUGAUAUCUUUGUAAAUCUCCAUAACAAAUAUUUUAUACUUAACAAAAGAGAAAUAUACGUAUAUAUACAUAGAUAGAUAUAUAUAUAUAUAUAUAUAUAUAUUUUUUUUUUUUAUUCACUCAAAUUGUUGAAUCUGCAGCUGUUAAGUGAGAGAAAGACCAGAUAACAACCAGCACUGUUUCUGUCGCCCUGUGGACUUUAAUGUUAUUUCCUCAUGAGGCAUAAAACCACUUCUGUAACUUGAAAUGACAACAGGAGGGUUUUUAAAGAGGUCCCAUAAAGAAAGAUGAUUUUUAUCAUUAUUUUUACUUUGCUUCCUCAACAUGCGCCUUCCACUGUGUUUAUUCAAGUUUAGAUGAUCCGGUAAAAAAAAAAAAAAAAGGCUCAUGAAAUGCUGAGCUAAUGAGAUUCCCCUUUUUUUUUUUAUCGUUCUCAAUAAUUUUGAUUGAAAUAAAAAGAUUCGGCGAAGGAGACGAGUUGAAGCGCUCGACGCUGUAAUGACAACUUGUGAUGAGUCGAUGGACCAAGUUUUAUUAUCAUGUUUGUGGGUCCAGCUCUUAUUCUACUUCCAGACCCUGUGUGUGCCACUCACUACAAUGAAGAGAAUACAAACUUCAAUAUAACACAAUAUACAAACAUGUAUAUACAAAAACACCUUCAGUAUAGGCUACAGAAGUUAAAAGUAAAAAUUUUAAAACAAAAGAUUCAUUCUUAUAUUUUGUCCUCUACUGUAAAACUAUGUAAAUUAUACAGAGAACUAAAGAUGCAACUAACUAUUGCUUAAUUAUGAAUUAGUCAGCUGAUCAUUUUCUUUUUUAUAUCAUUCACAACACCUGUAGAUACACGAUAUUUUGCAUUUUUCACAAAAAUAAUAAAAAUAUUCAGCUUAUUUUUACAUCAGACAUCAAAUAUCGUUUUGGUUUAACUUCAGUCAGAGUUGCAGUUUCCAUUAAUCCCACAUGAACAUCUCUCACACUCCUGCCACUGGUCAUUUGAAGAGUUAACACUCGUCUUGGGCCUUUUCUUUCCUCCUGACGGCUCCUGAUGCCUGAACACUGAUGGUGACCUCUGACCCGGAGGAGCCUGAGGUGCCUUACGUCUCUCAGCUGCCUCGGAGCGUCCUCCAUGUCUCUGAUGUUAUCAGGUCAAACUCAUGUCCAUCUUUAUUGACACGACUUGUUUGUAAACGCCUUGUUUGUAUGAAUGGUCUGAUUUAUACUGACAAUAAUCUACUUGUCUCAAUAUACAACUGAGUUUCUAUUAAACAGAAAGAUCCAUCAAA